UUUAGUUUGACACUUCGCGCCAAAAUACCGGGCGUCUGCUGUCAACAAUUUGCGUGUUGUAAUUUUCACAAAGGCAAAUUUCUGCAAUACACGUCAAGGCAGCAGCACAUUUUAAGAAAUAAAGCCGAAAGGAGCGGUUCAAAGAAGCAUCGUGUGUUUGUGAAGAGAAAACAAAAAAGUAAUUUGAAGAAGUUCUUGAGUGUUUACUGUGUAAAUAAAAAAGAAACAAGAUGUUUGAAGCCCGUUUAAUCAGCGCUACCAUUCUCAAGAAAAUCUUGGAUGCCAUCAAAGAUUUGCUAAAUGAGGGAACCUUCGAUUGCAGUGAUUCGGGAAUACAGCUCCAAGCUAUGGACAACUCCCACGUUUCCUUGGUUUCCCUUACAUUGCGUUCGGAUGGCUUUGACAAAUUCCGUUGUGAUCGCAACAUUUCAAUGGGCAUGAAUCUGAGCAGCAUGGCAAAGAUUUUGAAGUGCGCCAACAACGACGAUACAGUGACCAUCAAAGCCCAGGAUAAUGCCGAUACAGUUACCUUUAUGUUUGAAUCGCCCAAUCAUGAAAAAGUCUCCGACUAUGAAAUGAAGCUAAUGAAUCUCGACCAAGAACAUUUGGGCAUUCCCGAAACAGAUUACUCCUGUGUUGUUCGUAUGCCUUCAAUGGAAUUUGCACGUAUUUGCCGAGAUUUGGCACAAUUCAGUGAAUCGAUGGUUAUUUGCUGUACCAAGGAAGGUGUAAAAUUCUCGGCAUUUGGUGAUGUUGGUUCGGCCAAUGUCAAGUUGGCACAAACCUCAAGCGUGGACAAAGAAGAUGAAGCUGUUGUUAUUGAAAUGCAAGAGCCUGUCACCCUAACAUUUGCCUGUCGUUACCUAAAUGCCUUCACCAAGGCCAGUCCCUUGUCGGGACAAGUACAGUUGUCCAUGUCGGCCGAUGUACCAUUGGUGGUUGAAUAUCGCAUACAAGAUUUGGGCCAUAUACGUUACUAUUUGGCGCCUAAAAUCGAAGAUGACGAGAGUUAAGCAUUUAAGAAGAGUGAUAUGUACCACAGAUUUUCUUCUCACAAGCAUAUUUGCACCUUUUUUACAAAUUAAGUGGCUUGGUGAUGUCGUCACAGUCAGUUUCCAUCUAAAUUGUUAUGUUAUAAAAAAAAGAAAGAAGUACGGUUUUCAAAAACGAUGAAGUCCAUAUUAUAUUUUCUAUAUAUGUAUGUUAAAUAUAAGUAAUAUUUUUUCAGUU